UACAGUAAAUAUUUGUGUUUGCUCAACCGGCUGUAAUGGUGGACGACUGAGGCAGAGGAACGGAAUACAACUAGAGUGAAGAAAAGAAAGGAAAAAAGGGUCCGAAAGUCUGUUUCCAGAGCCAGCCGCCGCGAGUAGGACACGGGCUUCGUCGAAAAUGGAUGAACUCAAACAUCAAGUCAUGAUUAAUCAGUUCGUCCUGACGGCGGGUUGUGCGGCAGACCAAGCGAAGCAGCUUUUGCAAGCGGCACAUUGGCAGUUCGAGACUGCUCUCAGUGCCUUUUUUCAAGAAACAAAUAUUCCAUAUGGCCAUCAUCAUCAAAUGAUGUGCACCCCAGCCAACACACCAGCGACGCCCCCCAACUUCCCGGACGCGUUGACCAUGUUCUCCAGGCUGAAGGCGUCCGAGAGCUUCAGCAGCAGCGGCGGCAGUCCCAUGGCCGCCUCCAUGGCCACCUCCCCCCCGCCCCCCCAGGUCGGCAACUGGGGGUUCUCACCAAACGUACCUAAUGUGCCGCAACCUCCACAGGGACUCUGGACUCAGGGGCAGCCCCCCACGCAGCCCUGCCCCGCCUGGCCCACGGGCGUGAACCCUCACGCAGGCGCUGAGCAGAAGGCUAGUGUAGCGAUGGAGGCUGAGAGAUGAAGGGCAGCAUGGGACUGAAAUGCCCCCCCCCCUUUCCCACCCCAGGGAGGGAGGAGAACGGGGGGUUGCUGAAUGCGGGGAGGGGUGGGAGAUGAUAAUGGGUAGAAAUGGGUUUUUCUUUUUCCCAAAAGACGGAUGGAUGUGGAAAGAGAUGGAAACUACGCAAACCAAGAAAAACUGGACAAUUUAAGAAGAGGAGAAAAACCAAUGCAAACGUCAAUACAAAAAUAGAAAAAAAAAGAUACGCACACACAUAGUAAUAAGAGAGGAGAGCAACUGAAAUCUUUGUUAGUUUUUCCUAAGUAAAUGCAUAGAUAAGAGAAAUAUUAUUGAACUAAAAAAAAAACAGAAAUUUUUAAAAAAUUGUCACGCCCAAGGAUUCUAUGUGAUGUUUAAGGACAUUCAAGGCAGCAAACUUAAUUUUCUGUUUAUUUUUUGUUUAGUUUCUUUUUUUUUUUUUUCCAUCUUUUCAGCCAGUGUUUUUUCACCACUGGUGUUCUGUGUUUCUGCAACUGUCUGUGCUGCAUGAGGAGAGAGGAACUUGCAAUGCAGUGUUUUGAGAUUGACUCAAAAAUCAACACGCACUUGAGUGUGAGUGUGUACGCAUGUGAGCGGGUGGUCAGUUUUUAAUCAAAAAUGUAUACACACACACACACACACACACACACACACACAAAUACACACACACAUAUUAGCGUUUAGAGGAAAACACCUCCAUACUGUCAUCCCCAUCGUCAAAGGUGGGACUUUUCUUACCUCACCUGGUGGUCACCUGACUUCUUUCAGCCAAUCAGGGAUUCUUCUUAAACCAACCGUUGCCGCCACAGGACACGUUUUUAAAGGUUUUUUCUUAAAGGCAGCAGCCACUCUGGUUUAUGCUAACUGAUCCUUGCUGCAAUGGCUUUUCCUGACAUAGUUUUAAACCUGGACUCAGACUACAGCUGUCCACUGUAUACUUUCUUUUUCCUAGAGAUUUGGGUUAUUACAAGAAAAAUGAGAAAUCAUGGUUUAAUAUAAUAUCGUUUAUAAUGCUAAUUUUUCUGUUUUUUGUUGAAAGGUUAAGGGAGGUGGUUUUGAAUAUGGGUGGGACUUCAGUUUUUUGUUUUGGGAAAGAAUCAAACGCAGCUAAAACGGCUACAGAUUUAAAAGAGAGGAAAAAAAACACGACUACUCCAUCUUUGUAAACAGAAUUGCCACUUUGCAUGAUGUGUUCAUAACGUGUAACAUCUUUUGUAGCAAACAUACAUGAGGUUGAGACAUGUUUAUGGGAGGGGGUUGAGUUGGAGACGAGGGCGGGAUGGUGGGUCUCAUUCCCAGAUCUAAUAGAGAUGCAACAGAUGAGCGUUUCUCAGCAAAUCAGCAGUGUCUCACUGUAAAAGUAAAAUUAGACUACGUGUUUUGUCGGAUAUGAGAAACUAAGAGAAGACAAUGGGUGUGGGGCAGCUUCGGGAAGCCCACCGCAGGCUAUUUGGGGACACUACAGACUACUUUCAUAUAUAUAUCUAUACACACCCUCAGAUACUGUCCUCCAGAGGGGUUUUUACAACAUUUAGGUCUCUAGUUUUGACCGGUCCCUGGUCCAUUGAUACUGCUGAGGGACAGUUCAGGGAUGACCCUGAUAUACGGCAAUAUUUUAAAUACAGGGUCUGCCCCUUUUUUAGUUCGUCCUGUUUGAAUUAUUUUUCAUUCGAUACAAGAAAAGUGAGAAGAGAUAUUUUGAAUAGCCGAAGGUCUUUUUUUAAAAGCAAAAAAAAUGGGGAAAUUAUGGAUAUAAUAAUGAAUAAAUAAGCAACUUCCUUUUUUAUUAUUUAGACUAAUGUUUGAGUUCAUCCUUUUUCCAUGCUUCAUACUUUAUUUGGUUAAAUCAGAGCAUUUCUGGGUGGGCCUGUUCCUAAAUGGUUUCUCAUGUAUGUUUCCCCACUUGUAUGACUGUAUGAGACCAUUCCCACAAUAUUUGUGGACUACCUGAUAAUUAACUUAUCAUUUUUGUGAACCUAAAUAAAUAUUGUAUGUCAACCUAA